GCAAGGGCCGCCCAGCUGGCUGCACUGUCACCUUCCCAACGCCACCAGAUGUGCCUCCGAGCCGUGCUGUGCAGGGGACCGGCCCCAGGGGUCCUCCCCCGCCACCUCAGCUGCUGAUCCCCAGCCAUCUACCCCACGAAAUCCCUGAUCUGCGCCUGCUGUUCCUCCAACGACUUGUGCUGUGGACCGCUGGUUGCUGCCCUGUGCUCAGCAUGCCCUUUUCUGGUGCAACCAGACCCUCCAAGGAAUCGCUCUGGAGCUCGAGGCUGGCCUGCAGGGAAAUGGAGUCCAAGGUCUCCGAAGGCGGCCUGAACGUCACCCUCACCAUCCGGCUGUUAAUGCAUGGCAAGGAAGUUGGAAGCAUUAUUGGAAAGAAAGGAGAGACUGUGAAGAAGAUGCGUGAGGAGAGUGGAGCAAGGAUCAACAUCUCAGAGGGAAACUGCCCUGAACGAAUUGUGACCAUCACUGGCCCCACUGAUGCCAUCUUCAAGGCUUUCGCCAUGAUUGCCUACAAAUUUGAGGAGGACAUAACCAACUCAAUGAGCAACAGCACUGCUACCAGCAAACCUCCAGUGACACUGAGACUUGUUGUGCCUGCUAGUCAGUGUGGCUCACUGAUCGGCAAAGGAGGCUCUAAGAUCAAGGAAAUCAGGGAGUCAACAGGUGCUCAGGUUCAAGUGGCGGGGGACAUGCUGCCCAACUCCACAGAGCGGGCGGUGACAAUCUCGGGGACACCCGACGCAAUUAUCCAGUGUGUCAAACAGAUCUGUGUGGUGAUGCUGGAGUCCCCACCAAAAGGUGCCACCAUUCCCUACCGCCCAAAGCCCGCCUCCACCCCUGUCAUUUUUGCAGGUGGUCAGGUAAGAGCCGACCCGCUUGCAGCCUCCACUGCCAACCUCAGCCUUUUACUGCAGCACCAGCCGCUGCCCGCCUAUACAAUUCAGGGACAAUACGCUAUUCCACACCCGGAUCAGUUGACCAAGCUCCACCAGUUGGCUAUGCAGCAAACCCCCUUUACUCCCCUUGGACAGACCACCCCCGCUUUCCCUGGAGAAAAGCUGCCCUUACAUUCCUCCGAAGAAGCUCAAAAUCUGAUGGGCCAAUCAUCAGGUUUGGAUGCCAGUCCCCCGGCCAGUACUCAUGAACUCACCAUUCCCAAUGAUCUAAUAGGCUGCAUAAUCGGACGCCAAGGGACCAAAAUCAAUGAAAUUCGGCAGAUGUCGGGAGCGCAGAUCAAAAUCGCCAACGCCACGGAAGGGUCAUCAGAGCGCCAAAUUACCAUCACAGGAACCCCUGCAAACAUCAGCCUCGCUCAGUACCUCAUCAACGCCAGGCUGACGUCUGAGGUCACUGGAAUGGGCGCACUCUAAUUUCCACCCACCAUCCUCCACUCCGCACCACCCGACCCUCUCCAGCCACCGGCACUCCACCCAGCCUGUACUGCCUGUACAUUUACCGUCUUCCCUUUGCCUCCACAGAUACUCUUUUCUUUACUAACAAAUAUAUAUAUAUUUAAAUACACAUGCAUAUGCACACACUGGAACAUUUCUUUACGAGUUCCUUACUGUGCUCCUGAGGCUGCUCCCAAACUCUUUGGUUAUGGUCCUUGUUUUCAGCGUACGGUGUUACUACUUCAUCUGCUUUUCGGGGGGUGGGGAAGGGGGGGUUGUUUUUUUUCUGCUGGUGAGACUUCAGAAGAUGACGGGGUCUCUAGUGUCAGUCUAGAGUAGCUACUUACAUGUUUGAGUUGAAGUUGGCGGUACUUGCUGUAGCCUAUGGACAUGUGACGCCACCCAGAGCUGUGCGUGCUUCAGAGUACUUACUUUUCUCACCCUUCUUCCUUUGAUGCUCCCUUAUCGUUGGCUUUGCUUGUCCUGGCUCACCUUUGUGACCUUGCAUCCCUGCCCUUAGGGCAAGGCAUAGUUUCCACCCCAUGUUAUUUGGGAAGCAGAACAUGCAGGGCCCAAGCUGACAGACACGCAUGGGUACGCUUGCAGUCUUCUCUCUAUAAAACAUGGCAGGGUCCAGACAAGCCAUUUUUCAUAGUAAACGAAGGGAAACACACACAUACACAAAAAUGAUCCUCUUUUUUAACUAACAAGCAACUGGAAAUGGGAAGAAUUCAGCUGUGUGGGAUUCACACCCCCAGGGGCCUUUGAAAGCGCUGUUUUGACAAUCCCCACGAGCAAAACCUUUGGACGAUAGCUCAGGAAGCUCUGUGAGCCGGCUGUGUUUGUCGUUGUUUGUGUUCAAUAAAUGUCUGUGCAGCUCUGCUA